GACCAUUGAGACUUUUGUUCAGUGAGUUAAAACCUACAUCAUAUCAAAAUUUCAGCCAAUUUGACCGGGACCCCAUUUCCAUAAGAAAUGUGCGGGGUCCUUUAGUCGCUGAGGAUACAAUGAACUUUCAAAAUGCAAUAUCAUUGUGUGCAAAAAUUAAAAGAAUUGUCACCUACUUUAAACAAUCUACUAUUGCUGCUGAUGCGUUGCGAAAGCUCACCCAUCUUAAGUUAAUCCAAAGCGUUGACACACGAUAGAAUUCAACCUUUGCGAUGUUACUACGAUUUAUUUUGCUCUCGAAAGAAGUUGGAUCAAUUUUAUUAAGUAUCCCGGAGUCACCUGCAAUAUUGACUGCAUCUGAGUUGCAAUUGUCAAACGAAAUUGUGGAAGUAUUGCAACCACUUGAAAAACUUACAAGGGAAGUUUGUGGAGAACGAUUUGUCACAGCUAGCAAAAUCAUUCCAUUGAUCAACUGCUUGAAAAAUAAAAUAGAAAAACUUCGCGGGAGCCUAAAAACGCAAACUGCACUUUCUUUAGUUGAUCGUCUUCAAAACUCUAUUUCGAUGAGAUUUGGACAAAUAGAAAACAAUUAUAUUAUGGCAACUUCGACGAUCCUGGAUCCCAGGUUCAAAAAAUUACACUUUAAUCAGCCUUUGGCAUAUUAGCAUGCAAUCAGUCGUAUUGCUAAAUGGAUGAGCGAAUUGGGUCAGACAAAUGUGUCUAAUGAUGCUGUUACUGAAACGGACAUGGAAAUAUUGGGUAAAACUGAUGAUCUAUGGUCUUUUUACGAUGAUCUUCUUAAAAUUAAGACUAUAAAUGCUGCGCAACGAAGACAAGAUGCCAACUGACUUGAAACACUACUUGGAUCAACCAAUGAUUGACCGCAAGAAAAAUCUAAUAUGUUAUUGGAUAAACUUCGCAUCAGUAUACCCGACUCUUAGUGUUAUUGCUAAAAAAUACUUGGCAAUUGUUGCAACGUCAGUGCCUUCUGAGAGAUUAUUCUCAAGGACUGGCAAUAUUUUAACAGACUCCAGGAACCGACUUUCGUCUGAUCAUCUACAACAAUUGUUAUUGCUAAAUUCACUAACCAUUAAAGAUUGGCAAUUAAACAAAGAAUAAGUAAUUUUGUAAUAAACGAACGUAUUUGCAAAGAUUUUUUAAUAUACCAUUUUUCAAA